AUGCCGAUCGACAUCAACCGCCUGCGUCCCGAGCGGGGCGGGGACCCCGACGCUGUGCGCGCUGACCAGCAGAAGCGCUUCCUGAACGUCGACAUUGUGAACAAAGUGAUUGAGCUCGACGAGCAGUGGCGCAAGAAACAGGGCGAGGUGGAGACCGUGAGCAUGAAGAUGAACGCGCUGCAGCAGGAGAUCAAAGCGCUCAGCAAGGCCAAGCAGGACUUUAAGGCACUCAGUGACGAGCGCAAGGAUCUGGCUGCUCAGCUGCCGGAGAAGAAGAAAGAGGCUGAGGCCCUGAAAGAGCUCGUGGAUCGAGAGCUGCCGAAGAUUGGCAACGUCGUGGACCCCACGGUGCCCAUUUCGAACAACGAAGACGAGAACGUGGUGGUGAAAAAGUGGGGCGUUCCUGUGGAAAAGGACGGUCUGCACUACCAUCACGAGGUGCUGCACCGCAUUGACGGCUAUGAACCCGAACGUGGCGUGCAGGUGGCUGGCCAUCGUGCUUACUUCCUCACGGGCUACGGCUUCUUGCUGGAACAGGCACUCAUGGCCUAUGCCACGGCCUUCCUCAUGAAGGCCCAGUACAAGAUGCUCAAGCCACCUUUCUUCAUGAACAAGGAGUGCAUGGCGGCUGUCGCACAACUGGACGACUUUGACGAGCAGCUGUACAAGGUCAUUGGUGAAGACGAAAAGUAUCUCAUUGCCACGUCCGAACAGCCCAUUUGCGGCUACCACAAAGGCGAGUGGAUCACAGAGAGCUCGCUGCCGCUACGUUACGGUGGAUUCUCGACCUGUUUUCGCAAGGAAGCUGGCUCGCACGGCAAGGACACGUGGGGUAUUUUCCGGGUGCAUCAGUUCGACAAGAUUGAGCAGUUCUGCAUUACAGACCCGGAGAGCUCCACUGCUAUGCAUGAAGAAAUGCUGCGUCAUGCUGAGGAGUUUUACCAGUCGCUGGAACUGCCGUACCGCGUGGUGAAUAUUGUGUCUAGUGAGCUGAACAAUGCUGCUGUGAAGAAGUACGACUUGGAGGCGUGGUUCCCUGCUUACAAAGAGUAUCGCGAACUGGUGUCUGCCUCUAACUGCACGGACUUCCAGUCGCGCGCGAUGGAGAUUCGUUGUGGUGUGAAGAAGGAGAACCAGCGCGAGAAGAAGUACGUGCACAUGCUGAACUCGACGCUCUGUGCUUCCACGCGAACGGUUUGCUGCAUCUUGGAGAACUUCCAGGACGACAACGGCGUCAAGGUGCCAGAGGUGCUGGUGCCCUUUAUGGGCGGCGUCACUUUCUUGCCGUUCACUCGCGACGCGAAGGUAAACGUGCAAGCUGUGAAGAUGCAGAAGGCUGCCAAGAAGAAAGUUGCGAAGGAGUAG